CUUUCAAAACACUAUUUUCUAAAAUAAAAUAUAACAAUUGAUGAAUACGUUGCAAAAUCUAACGGUAUCGCUAAUUGUUUUUAAUACAUUCAACCAAUAAAAUAAAACCGUUAAUUUUUUUAUUAACACUUUAUUCAAAAUCCACGUUUGUCCCAUGUGAUAUCCCUCCUUAUGUAGUAAACGUUUGUCCCAUGUGAUCUCCUCCUUAUCUAAUGCUUCUUCACCCACAAAUCUCACUUUAUACAUAUUGUGUUUGUUUCUUGUUCAUACUAUAUUAUACAUUGCUAUAAAAAGCUCACAGAGAAAGUUAAAAACACACCAGCCUCUACGUUCUUAUAUGUCUCUCUUGUUUUCUUCAUAAUAAUAAGGUUUCGGAUUCUGAGAAAAUGGGUUUCAUCCGGCCACCGGCGGUGAGAAGCGGCGGUGAUUAUAUAGAGAGCAUUUUCGGAGAAUACUCCACCGGAAAACCAAAACCUGGCCGGAAACUCAACUUCGUGACGGCGCUUACGUUUCUUCAGUUCGCAUUUGCCGUCUACGCCACCGUGCUUCUUUACUACAUGAGUCCUUCCAUUGACUUACGGACCAAACCGGACUUCACUUGGGCCACUAAAUGGGCCCAUAACAUGCGUAGCUACAUUGUCACCCCUCACGUCGUCAGCCAUUUCCAAGACUCUAACAUUCCGGCGACGUUAUCUCCGGCGGAGGUCUGCGAGUACGAGAAGAUAGAUUUCUCGCAGAAGAAAUCAAACGACGAGAAGAUGAUCAAGAUGAAAAGGGAGCUAUACGACGACGUUUUGGAGUUCCAGAAGAAGAACCUCGGUUCCGAGAGUCUACACGAGCUGAUGAAGAUGAAGUCUAAAUGGGCCUUAAACGGGCCUAACAAGCCCAAAGUAACGGUCAUACUAAACCACUUCAAAAGAAAAACGCUUUGCGCGCAGCUCGAUUCCCUCCUCCACCAAACGCUGCCGUUUCACCAUGUCUGGGUCCUGGCCUUCGGGAGCCCCAACGAAGCUUCUCUCCGGCGAAUCGCCGGAAGCUACAACGACUCUCGGAUCAGCUUCAUCAGCUCCAACUACGACUUCAAGUACUACGGAAGGUUCCAGAUCGCGUUGCAAACGGAAGCCGAUCUUGUCUACAUCCUCGACGACGAUAUGAUCCCCGGGAAGAAGAUGCUUCAGAUGCUCGCGCACGUCGCGGGGACGGAGAAGUACGAGAACUCGGUCCUGGGAAGCAUCGGGAGGAUUCUUCCGUUCCGGCAGAAGGAUUUCACGUUUCCGAGCUAUAGGAAGUUCCGAUCGAAGGAGGCGGGGCUGUACUUGCCUGAUCCGGCGUAUGACAUCACUCUCGAUCGGAUCCUCCAGGUUGAUUUCUUGUCGAGCUCGUGGUUCUUGUCGGCUGAGCUUGUUAAAGCGUUGUUCAUCGAGAAACCUUUCACAUUCGCUACUGGCGAAGAUCUUCACCUCAGCUAUCAGCUUCAAAAAUACAGAAACGCAGCUUCUUUUGUUCUUCCUGUGGAUCCAAAUGACAAGGAGACAUGGGGAGAUAGUGAACAUAGGCUCGCGUAUGUGUCUGAGACCACAGUGAUAUUCAAAAACAUCGUCGAAGUGAGAGACAACCAAUGGUGGAAAGCGCUUUCAACUGGUUACAUAACUCAAUGGGCUGCAAUGUAUCCGCAAAAGAUCGACGCUCUCUUUUACGCGCAUUCGAUCGAUGAAGUCAAAGCACUUGGCCCAUUGCUUGAAAAGUUCAGAACCACUGUUGGUAAAAAGGCUUAUAUCGUGGUGUCCGGUGGGAAGUUCUGUCCGUGCGAGGAUGCUGCCUCGGCUUUGAACUGGCCUAAGAUCGUUUGCAAUGAGAGGAGGUUCAAGAUUUUUGAUCUGGAAGUUGGAGCUAUCUUGGGUGUGUCGAACUCAGAGGUACCUGUGUUGCAAGCUGUGUAUUCGAGCAUGAAAGGGCUUAUCAAGAUACAUAACCCUAGCGUGGUGAUUACGGUAGCUGAUGCUGAUCCUAAUGUCAAGAAAGCUUUGAAAAUGGCUACUGAGACAAACGUUAAUGGUACUGCACUGGUUCUUCUCCCGAGAGCUUCUAUCUCCAAGGUUCUGUGGAUGGCUGAUUUGAGAUCAACAGCAUUGCCAAAUUGGAAUAAGAUGAGAGUCUCAGUGAACAUCAUCACACAAAACCGAGCUCAAUCAUUAUUAAGACUUCUAAAGUCUUUAAGCAAUGCGUACUACCUAGGCGACGAGAUACCUCUCAGCUUCAACAUGGAUAGCAAAGUGGAUGAAGAGACAAUAAAGGUAGUGACCACAUUCGAUUGGCCUCAUGGUCCCAAAACAUUAAGAAGAAGAAUCAUCCAAGGAGGCUUGAUCCGCGCUGUAAGCGAGAGUUGGUAUCCAGCUUCUGAUGAUGACUUUGGUCUCUUACUUGAAGACGACAUCGAAGUCUCCCCUUACUACUACCUUUGGAUCAAAUACUCUCUCCUCGCAUACCACUACGACCCUCAAGUAUCUUUCCCGGAGCUCUCCUCCAUCUCUCUUUACACACCAAAGAUAGUCGAGGUAGUUAAAGAGAGACCUAAAUGGAACCCAACAGAGUUCUUCAAACAGAUCCAUCCACACACACCUUACCUCCACCAGUUACCUUGCAGCUGGGGAGCUGUGUUCUUCCCAAAGCAGUGGAGAGAGUUCUACGUCUACAUGAACAUGAGAUUCACCGAAAACGCUAAAGAAAACCCGGUUCAGAUACCUAAAUCAAGAACCAACGGUUGGCAAGCUUCUUGGAAGAAGUUCUUGAUCGACAUGAUGUACCUUAGAGGUUACGUUAGUCUCUACCCUAACUUCCCUAACCAACAAAGCUUCUCGACCAACCACAUGGAGCCAGGAGCUCACAUUGCAGCCAAAGACAAUGUGGUGAAACACGACAAAACUGAUUUCGAAGUUCCUUUGCUUAUGGAUGAUUUUAGAAACUUCUUGCCGAACCUGAAACUCCCUCCGGCAUCGAAGCUUCCAUCACUUAACCUCUUUAACGUCCCGGUUUCUCUUAAAGGUCUUAAAGCUGCAGGAGCUAAGCUUGGUCAAGACGUUCUUCGUUGCAACAAUGUCUCUGAGAUUGUUGCUGUUAAUCAUCAAACAGGUUUACCAGCUAGGUGCAUGAAGUUCUGAAGAUAGUUCCGUUUUAACGGAUGAUUCUUUGUUUUUUUACUAUAUGGUUUAAGGUUUAAAAAUAUGUAUAACACAAUGAAAAUUCGAUCAAAACAUA